GGCAGUUCUCGCGAGACGUUGCUGGGAAGAAGCUGCGAGCGGGAUCGUUCAGUUCGUGUUUGGGUGAUCGGUGUGAGUGCCGGCCUGUGCUUUGAAAGCAACCAAGAUGGACGACAUUGAUGAAAACACCACAGUCCUUUCGACGUUAAGAUCUUUCAAUAAGUUUCUUUCCCAGCCCCUGGAUGAGACGUCGCAGAGUCUCGGCUCGGCCAGCUCCACGGGGGCUUCGCUGCACAUGCAGCUUCAGCAAAGAUUUCUGAUGGAGGACCAAGCAGCGCAGAUCCGCUCCAAGUCGCACCUUAUUCAGGUGGAACGAGAGAGAAUGCAGAUGGAUCUGAGUCACAAGCGAGCUCGUAUCGAGCUGGAGAAAGAAGCCAGCGCCAACGCCAAGAACUACGAGCGUGAGGCAGAACGGAACCAGGACCUCAUCACUCGGAUCAAGAUGUUGGACGAGAGGGAGGCUGAUUUCCAGAACAAGCUGCAGGAGCAGAAUGAAAUGAACAAAUCCUUCAAGAAAACCAUGGAAGCGCAGAGCAAGAAGCUUCUCGAGAGGGAGACAAAACUAUCUGAAGCUAACGAGACCAUAACUGCGUUAAAAGGAAAGAUAUCAGAGCUUCAGUGGACCAUAAUGAACCAAGAGAUGCAAAUAAAGACUCAAGACACAGAAAAGCAGGGGCUGAGCGAACAGCUGGAAAUACAGCGCAAGAAGUUAGAUGAAAGCAACCAGAAAAUCCAAACCACUCAGGAACUGCAGGCGCUAAAUACUGAAUAUGAGCAGAAAAUCAAGAAUUUGGAGCAGAAACUGUCUUCUCAGGAGCAGGAUGCAGCCAUCGUGAAGAGCAUGAAAUCUGAUCUGUCAAGAGUCCCCAAAUUAGAACGAGAACUUCAGCAGCUGAGAGAGGAAAAUGCUUAUCACAGGGAGAUGAGAGAAAAUAAUGCGUUGCUGAAGGAAGAGGUUGAGGGUCUUCGGAGAACUGUUGAAAGAUACGAUCGCAUGAAAGAGGAGCUUGUGGCGCUGGAAAUGGAGAAAGAAAAACUGCAGAAAAAACUAAAAAGCUGGGAGAAUCUAGAGCAAACUGGCUUGAAUAUAAGGACUCCAGAUGACCUUUCCAAGCAGAUUAUAGCCGUACAGCAACGAGAGAUUAAACUAAAGGAGGAGAACCUGAGAAUCACAAGCAGCGCACAGAUGUUGGAAACGGCACGGCAGAACCUACAGGAAGAACUUCUAAAAGUCCAGAGUAACUUCCUCGAAGAGAAGAAAAGACGGGAGCAGCAGGAGGCCCUGGUCAGACGUCUCCAGAAACGCGUGCUUCUGCUCAGUAAGGAGCGGGAUGGAAUGAGGGCGAUCCUAGAUUCCUACGACAGCGAGCUGACCCCGUCAGAACAUUCCCCGCAGCUCAGCCGCCGCCUGAGGGAGGCCGAAGAAAUACUGCAGAGGGUCCACGCUCAGAAUUCCGAGAUGGAGGCGCAGUUAAGUCAGGCUCUGGAAGAAGCAGGCAGCCAGAAGCAGAGAGCCGAGAUGGUAACGGCAGAACUCAACCUCCUGAAGUCUCAGAUGGGAACCUCCGAUCAAAGCAGCUCGAUUACGAGUGAGACCGUAAACUCUCUGAGAUUCAAAAUUGAGGAGCUGGAAGCUGAACGCGGUCGGCUGGAGGAGGAAAACAGAAUCCUUGAGAUGAGGCUGGAGAAACUGAGUCUCCAGGGCUGCUAUGAUCCCAGUAAAACAAAAGUGAUUCACAUGAGUUUGAAUCCUGCGUCUAAAGCUAAACAGCAGCAUAAAGACAGCGUGAAGCACCUUCAGGAGGAGUGUGAAAAGCUUCGGGACAUCGUGAGGAUCUUGGAGGGAGGGACGCAAAUUCCGGACAAACUUGAAAGCACCUCAAAGUUCCAGUCUUCACAGGAAUUAAAAGAGUUGAAGAAGCAGGUGGAGAGUGCAGAACUGAAGAACCAACGACUCCGUGAAGUGUUCCAGACAAAGAUCCACGAGUUCCGAACAGUUUGCUACAUGUUAACGGGGUACCGCAUCGAUAUCACCACCGAGAACCAGUAUCGCCUAACCUCCAUGUAUGCGGAGCACAAAGACGAUAACCUGCUCUUCAAGUCAUCUGGCACUCCAGGAGCGAAACUACAGCUGUUGGAGACGGAUUUCUCCCUGACGUUGCGUGACUUCAUCGAUCUUCAUCUGCAUCACCAGAACAGCAUCCCGGCUUUCCUCAGCGCCGUCACCCUGGACCUCUUCAGCCGCCAGACCUUUGCUUAGACAUUUACUGCGUUUCCUAUGAUUGUCAUCCUACAGAAAUGUAUUCCAUCAGCCGUCUAGUGCACUGAUUUAUCAUUAUU